CAAUCAGUAGCCUGUAUUUCUUAAUCACUAUGGAAACACUGAUGCAUGGACCAAUGCAUUUUUAUCAACUUGUGUACAUCAGCGUUCUGUCUACAGCUUGUUCUUGCAGCUUGUCUGAAAGAUCUCUGGGAGGGCCACCUCAUGACCUACAAAUGAAAUCUUGCAAUUUUCAGCACAUUUUGUCCUGGCAGGCAAAAAGCGAUCCAACUGUGCCAACAUACUAUCGCGUGCUGUACACUGACCGCAGGAACUGGAAGACUGCUAAACAAUGUUCAAAUAUUACACAACUCUCCUGUAAUCUGACAGAUGAUUUUAACAAGAUUUUCCCUGAGUAUUCUGCAUUGGUUCAGAGCUUCAUAGGAACUGAAGUAUUCAAUUCUUCUGUACUUCAUUUUACACCAUUUACAGACACAUACCUGGGACCACCAGAAGUUAAUAUCAGUUCCUGUCUAAACUGCAUAAAUGUCACCAUAAAGCUGCCAACCUCUCACUUCAGAGAAAAUGGAAAGCUACUGUCUUUAAUUGAUAUAUAUAAAGAGCUUGAUUAUGGUAUAACACUGAAAACAGUCGAUGGAGAGCAUAAGAGGUCACGUAAGAAAACCACUGAAGAAAUUUUUAGUACUGUCAUUGAAGAAUUGUAUCCAAAUAGAAAUUACUGUGUGUCUGUUAUGCUCACUGCAUCUCUAAACCAACGUUCCAUCCCAUCAGCCUGGAAAUGUAUAACUGCAGAUUCUGUAGCUCAACAAGAUUAUCAUGCAAUUGCAAUCAUAGGUGCUAUAUGUUUUUCACUGCUGGUAGCCAGUGCUCUGAAGUGUAUACAUGCAGGAGGUUAUAUUCUUCAAGACAAAUCACUUCCACAUAACUUGGUGUUCAUCAGGAUGUUGGCCUAUUCACCUUGGACAUCGGAAUCUGAAGACAUAGCCUCUGUAGAGAUCAUUUACAAAGAGGUUAAAAAAAAGGCAAAUGAAUCCAGCAGUGGUGUCAGUGAUGAAGAUGACAGUGAUGACAGUGACAGCAGUGCCAUAAGUAAUCAUUACUACACAGGGCGUGAUAUCAUAAGUAGAGUACCUCAUUCCUCUGACACGCCAAAUGUAUUCAUGCAGUGCUCAACAGGUAGCACAUGUGACAGCAGCGGCACCCAGGCAAGUGAAAAUCCAGACGCUGACCCAGAAGAUUUUGAAGAGCGCGAGACGGACGUUGAAGAAGACAAAGAUGCGAGUAGUGAGUUACUUAAUCCUUUCUCUGAGGUAAAUUGUAACUAUUCUUCUAGGCGAAGGAACAGUGCUUGCUUUACCAUUAACUUAAAAAGUGUGCUGUUGGGAACCCUCGAGGAGAAUGUGGAUGUUUCUGCAGCUCUUCUCUCUUCCCGGGAAGAUGCAGUUGACUGGCAGUGUACUCGUGCUUUUCAAUCAAAACUCCUGGGUGACGCAGAAAGUGUGCAGAAACCACGUUGUCGUAACAGCUCUUGUGAAUGGCAAAAUUCCUCUUGUUCUUCUGAUGAAAGCGACUCAUCAGUUUCAGAUACGGACCAAAAAACUGAAUACAUAAGAAGAUGAGUCGCUCCAGGUACAGUUCAGGCUGGAUUCUCCACAGAGAAACAAAAAUGACUGUUCAGAUGCAGCAGAAAGAGUAGCUAUUUCAUUCCGCGGUUUGAUAAGGACUUACACCUUUCAGCUGUUAGAAAGUAAAUCUUUUCUGUAACUCAAGUGAGAAGUUAGUUUGGGGUACAGGGAGCUGUGAGUGGCUGGUCUCUCAACCAGACCACUUUUUUAAUUUGAAAGGACUCUGCUGUUGUUCUUUAGCUCUGUUGAUGGAUUACUCUGAAACCUGUUUUGCUAUGAUGGAUUGCUGCAUUCAAGUCAGUGAACUGAUUUCUACGUUUCUGCAGAGAAAGCUGAUCAGGUGAAAUAACGGGGGAGGCAGAAAUAAGAAUACUCAGCUUACAAAAGAGUUCUCCUUACUGAAUCAAGGCAUUAAAUACACCUUUUCAUAUUUUUUUUAAUAUAAUGUCAUGCAUGUAGUAUUGAAUACUACACUUUUUAAAAAUCUUUUUAUGACAUGUAAGCAUCACUGCAGUGUAGAGUUAUACUUUA